CAGUUCAGUGGCGAUCUCUUCUUCAUCCUGCUCAUUUGCAUAAUUAAUCACACACUAAUUAGGCAGUUAGGCCAUGGCUCAGGGUGGCAAGAAGAAGCUGGCCACGUUGGUCGGCUGCAACUACGCCGGCACGCCCAACGAGCUCAAGGGCUGCAUCAACGACGUCGUCGCCAUGCGCGACAUCCUCGUCGCCCGCUUCGGCUUCGCGCCGGGCGACGUCGCCGUUCUCACCGACGACCGCGGCUCGCCGGUGCUCCCCACCGGCGCCAACAUCAAGCGCGCGCUGGCCGGCAUGGUCGCCCGCGCGGCGGCCGGGGACGUGCUCUUCUUCCACUACAGCGGCCACGGCACGCUCGUCCCGCCGGUGAAGGGGCGCCACGGCGGCCACGGCGAGUGCGACGAGGCUAUCGUGCCCUGCGACUUCAACCUCAUCACCGACGUCGACUUCCGGCGGCUCGUUGACCUGGUGCCGCACGGCGCGAGCUUCACCAUGGUGUCGGACUCGUGCCACAGCGGCGGCCUCAUCGACCUCGAGAAGGAGCAGAUCGGCCCCUCCGUCCUGUCCGGCGGUGCACCGGCCGCUGCUGCUGAUUCCACGCGCGGCGCCACCGCCCGGUUCCUACCGUACAGCGCCGUCAUCGACCACCUCUCCGGCGUCUCGGGCAUCGACGCCGCGCACCACGUCGCCGAACACCUCCUCACGCUCUUCGGCACGGACGCCAGCGCCAAGUUCCACGACCACGACCACGACGGCAAACAGCCGGCGCGCCCCGACGACGGCAUCCUGCUGAGCGGGUGCCAGACGGACGAGACGUCGGCCGACGUGCCGGAGGACGACGAGGCGGCGGCGGGGGGCGGCAAGGCGUGCGGGGCGUUCAGCAACGCGAUACAGACCGUGCUGGCGUCGCACCCGGAGCCGGUGAGCAACCGGGAGCUGGUGACCAUGGCCAGGAAGGUGCUGAGCGAUCAGGAGUUCGAGCAGCACCCGUGCCUCUACUGCAGCGACGCCAACGCCGAGGCGCCAUUCCUGUGGCAGGAGGAGGAGAAGACGGCCGCGGCGGCGGAGCCGGCCAUGUCGGCGCUCUGAUUUGUGUUCGACAGAGGCAGAUUGGCCAAGAACAGUGAUUAAAAAUGAAUUUAACAAUAAGAUUUUACUCUUAUUUAUUCAAUGUCACAACAAGUUAAAUGUAUGCCAUCAAGCUGAAGGACGCAUGUUUAUUGAUUCUUGUAUUUAUGAAUAUAUCAUUAGUUCAGCAUUCUUACACACGUAGUAACGACUUUUUU